CUCUCUCUCUCUCUCUCUCUCUCUCUCUCUCUUCUUUCUUUCUUUCUUUCUUUCUUCUCUCUUUGGGGAUUAAAUCUAGGACCAGGCAUGAUGAGAUCCCAUCAGAAAACCAAGUGUACACUGAGGUACAUCCCCAGCUGUCUUUCACUCUCAAUAAAAUUAGUGCUGAAUUUUAAAGGAGAUAUUCAAGAAAUGAAGAAAUAGCAGGUCUUGUUCAAAUGCUAUAAUCAUGGACUUUGAUUUUCAUGAGUUUUUUAAAAGCCUGUGUUUCCCAAAGGCAGUGAUAAUAAAAACUAAAUAUCUUUGCUCUUAAAAGGAGAGUAACAUUGUAGAUGCUUGUCUUAAAUAACUUGGUAUGUACUAGAAAAUUUAAAUGGACCAUAAAUUUAGAUGAAGCAAUGUUUCCGAGGUAUUAUGUCAAGAUAUAAAGUUCUUCCAUGUAAUGUAAGUUUAGUGUGUCAUAGUCCUAAGCGUAAAUAUAAAACACGUUGCGAUUGUUACAUUUUAAAGAGAUUGUUUAGAAUAUAAAAAUUCUAAUCAUUGUGUUUAGAACACUAUUCUCUUUUGUUGUAAGCAUGACACAUGGAGUAGAAGCAGUAAACUGUCUUUAGAGGUAGUGAUUUGUAGAAUUGAUGUGAUUUUUAAGACAUUAAAAUUAAGCUGCAAAUGUUAUUUCUGCAUUUUUUCAUGUAUGUAAAGAUUUCUUGUCAUAGCUUGAAAAAUUGGAUGAAUCAGUUUCAUUUUUAUAAUCUUUACUUUAAAAAUAAAAAUGUAUCUUGUGAUUUGUAAAUGUACCAGGAGUGGGGAUAAAGUCUGUUUAUAAUGUAAAGCUCUUUUGUAUAUUUUAAUUUUUGGACCACACUGUAGCUAGUUAUUCCAUUUAAUCUUAAGGUAAUUUAAAUCUAUAAAAUAAAUAUCUCAAUUAUAUUAUCAAUAAAAGAGAACUGAAAAUAUUUUUUAAAAUAAAUUACAUUCUAUGUCUAUUAUAGAAUCCAUAAGAUAUUAAAAGUAGUUUUUAAUCCUUGUUUGGAUGGCUUGUUUUAUUUAUCAACUGUGGAACCUGAGAUCCACCCGAUGGUUACACGUGUUAGGUAAAGUGUUUCUUUUAAAUGUUUGCAUUAUUGAUAAGGGAAAAUGUUAACUAUAAAAUAAAAGAAUGGGAGGGCUGGGGAGGUGGUUCAGGUGAUAGAGCUGUAUGACCUACGUUCAUAUUCCUAGCACCCACAUACUAGCCAGGUUUAGUCAGUCCCUGCCUCAUAAAGUGAAGAGCCAUAGAAGGCACUGACUGUUGAACCACUCACUGGUGUCCACACAUGUACACAUACAGGCAGACAUCAGAAUGGACGGAUGUUAAAAUUAUGAAAUGUUUCUUUUAAAAGAAUUUUUCUUUAGACUUAUCUUUCGUUUGGAUGCUUUGGGUUUUCGUUUUUUUCCAGUCAGGGCUUCUUUGUAGACCAGGCUGGCCUUGAACUCGAGAUAUGCCUGCCCCUCCCUCCCGAGCACUGGGAACAAAGGCGUGUGCUAGCACCGGCCUCCUAGAUUCACUUUUUCAAAGAUUUAUUUUGUGUGUGUGUGCCCGUGAGUAUGUGUAUGUACUAAGUGCAUGAAGAUGCCUUUGGAGGCAUCAGAUCCCUUGUACUGGGAUUAACGGCAGUGGGAAGCAGCCAGGUACCUAUUGGAAACAGCUUCAUCCUCCGCCCUCCUCUGAAAAGCCGGAGAGGAGAUUGUAGAGAGGUGCGUGCGGCGAACGUAAGCGUGACAGCUCCGCAGGUUCACUAAGGAAUCGGGUCCUGGAGGCAAGACGGCGGGAAAGCGCCUCCGGUCCUGCGCUGUGCUUUCCCGGCGCGGAGAGCGCGGGAGCCUCUGGCGCGCGGGACUUCUGCGCAUGCGCGGCGCGCUGGCUCGUCUCAGCGGCGUGAGUUGCGGGCGCUGUCGCCUUUCGCUGCUGCCUGCUCUUCAGGCGGGCUUCAGCAGGAAUGGAGCCGCUGGACGAUCUGGACCUGCUGCUGCUGGAAGAGGACAGCGGAGCGGAGGCCGUGCCGCGGAUGGAGAUACUUCAGAAGAAGGCAGCCGCUUUCUUUGCUGAGACAGUUCUGAGCCAAGGAGUGGAUAACCGAUACCUGGUGCUAGCCGUUGAGACCAAGCUGAAUGAAAGAGGAGCAGAGGAGAAGCACCUACUCAUCACUGUGUCCCAGGACCGAGAGCAGGAAGUUCUGUGCAUCCUGAGGAAUGGCUGGAGUUCGGUACCAGUUGAGCCAGGAGACAUCGUUCACAUCGAGGGAGACUGUGCAUCUGAGCCGUGGAUAGUAGACGAUGACUUUGGCUAUUUUAUCCUGUCCCCGGACAUGCUGAUCUCUGGCACAAGCGUCGCCAGCAGUAUUCGGUGUCUGAGAAGAGCUGUCCUGAGUGAGACUUUCAGGGUCUCUGAUACAGCCACUCGCCAAAUGCUGAUCGGUACAAUUCUCCACGAAGUCUUUCAAAAAGCAAUAAGUGAGAGCUUUGCUCCAGAAAAGCUACAAGAGCUUGCUCUUCAAACUCUCCGAGAAGUAAGGCAUUUGAAGGAAAUGUAUCGCUUGAAUCUGAGUCAAGAUGAAGUAAGAUGUGAAGUAGAAGAGUAUCUCCCCUCUUUCUCUAAGUGGGCCGACGAGUACAUGCAUAAGGGCACUAAUGCAGAAUUCCCUCAAAUGCAUCUCUCUCUGCCAAGUGAUAGCAGUGACAGAAGUUCACCUUGUAACAUUGAAGUAGUCAAGUCACUAGAUAUUGAAGAAAGCAUCUUCCCGAGGUUUGGACUGAAAGGCAAAAUAGAUGUCACCGUUGGGGUCAAAAUACAUCGAGAUUGUAAGACGAAAUAUAAGAUAAUGCCACUGGAGCUCAAAACUGGCAAAGAAUCGAAUUCUAUUGAACACCGAGGUCAGGUGGUCCUGUACACGCUGCUAAGCCAGGAGAGACGAGAGGAUCCUGAGGCUGGCUGGCUCCUCUAUCUCAAGACCGGGCAGAUGUACCCUGUGCCCGCCAACCAUCUGGACAAAAGAGAACUACUGAAGCUCAGGAACCAGCUGGCCUUCUGUCUGCUGCACAGCGUGAGCAGAACAGCUGCUGCCGAGGGGCACCGACUUUCGGCCUUACCACAAAUAAUCGAGGAAGAGAAAACCUGUAAAUAUUGUUCUCAGAUGGGCAACUGUGCUCUUUAUAGCAGAGCAGUUGAACAGGUAGAUGACACUUCCAUCCCAGAAGGCAUGCGGUCCAAAAUCCAGGAAGGAACUCAGCACCUGACGCUGGCGCACUUGAAGUAUUUCAGCCUGUGGUGCCUCAUGUUAACGUUGGAGUCACAAUCUAAAGAUACUAAGAAGAGUCACCAGAGUAUCUGGUUAACGCCUGCAUCCAAACUGGAGGAGAGCGGCAACUGCAUUGGAAGCCUGGUCAGGACGGAGCCUGUAAAGCGAGUUUGUGAUGGACACUACUUACAUAAUUUUCAGCGGAAAAAUGGCCCCAUGCCAGCCACCAAUCUGAUGGCAGGCGACAGGAUCAUUUUAAGUGGAGAAGAGAGAAAACUGUUUGCUUUGUCUAAAGGCUACGUGAAGAAGAUUGACACAGCAGCGGUAACCUGCUUGCUAGACAGGAACCUGCCAACACUUCCAGAAACAACAUUGUUUCGAUUAGACCGGGAAGAAAAACAUGGUGAUAUAAAUACUCCCUUAGGAAAUCUGUCUAAAUUGAUGGAAAACACAGAUAGCAGCAAAAGACUUCGAGAACUAAUCAUUGAUUUCAGGGAACCUCAGUUUAUAGCCUACCUCAGCUCCGUUCUUCCACACGAUGCGAAGGAUACAGUGGCCAACAUUCUAAAGGGUUUGAAUAAGCCUCAGAGACAAGCGAAGAAGGUUCUUUUCAAAGACUACACAUUCGGAGUAAGGAUCCUCUCUGCCUGUGGUUUCAGCGUUCUGCUGACCAGUUAUACGCACUCUGCAGUGGACAAUAUUCUCUUGAAGUUAGCCAAGUUUAAAAUUGGAUUUUUGCGUCUGGGUCAGUCUCAUAAGGUCCAUCCAGACAUCCAGAAGUUUACAGAGGAGGAGAUGUGCAGACUGAGGUCCAUUACGUCCUUAGCCCAUCUAGAAGAACUCUAUAAUAGUCACCCUGUCGUUGCCACAACCUGCAUGGGAAUAAACCACCCAAUGUUUUCCCGAAAAACCUUUGAUUUCUGUAUUGUGGAUGAAGCCUCUCAAAUCAGUCAGCCCAUCUGCCUGGGCCCACUUUUCUUUUCUCGGAGGUUUGUGUUGGUGGGGGACCAUAAGCAGCUUCCUCCCCUGGUACUGAACCGGGAAGCAAGAGCUCUGGGCAUGAGCGAGAGCUUGUUCAAGAGGCUGGAGAGGAACGAGAGUGCUGUCGUGCAGCUGACGGUACAGUACAGGAUGAACAGGAAGAUUAUGUCCUUGAGCAAUAAGCUCACGUAUGAAGGGAAACUGGAGUGUGGAUCAGACCGAGUGGCCAACGCAGUGAUAACCCUGCCCAACCUCAAGGAUGUCAGGCUGAGCCUGGAGUUUUAUGCCGAUUAUUCUGAUAACCCCUGGCUGGCUGGAGUGUUUGAGCCAGACAAUCCCGUUUGUUUCCUUAAUACAGAUAAGGUCCCAGCUCCAGAACAAAUUGAAAAUGGUGGCGUGAGCAAUGUCACAGAAGCCAGACUCAUCGUCUUCCUAACCUCAACUUUUAUAAAGGCAGGCUGCAGCCCCUCGGAUAUUGGCAUCAUCGCCCCGUACCGGCAGCAGCUGCGGACCAUCACCGACCUGCUGGCACGGUCUUCUGUUGGGAUGGUCGAGGUUAACACAGUGGACAAGUACCAAGGAAGGGACAAGAGUCUCAUCCUGGUGUCCUUUGUUAGGAGCAACGAGGAUGGAACUCUUGGUGAGCUCCUGAAAGAUUGGCGAAGACUCAACGUGGCCAUAACCAGAGCCAAACAUAAACUGAUCCUGCUGGGCAGCGUGUCCUCGCUGAAGCGCUUUCCCCCUUUGGAGAAGCUCUUUGACCAUCUGAACGCAGAGCAGUUAAUCACGAACCUUCCAUCAAGAGAGCACGAGAGUCUGUGCCACAUCCUGGGGGACUGUCAGAGAGACUGAAGCACUGCACUGCUACCUGCCGUGCAUGGCAGUGAGGGGACCACAUGACCUAAGCUCCAGCUUAGCUCUGCUGGGAACGCCACCCUUAAACUGAAGACGACGUUUAGCCGAAAGGUACAAAAGGACGUGAAUGUACCUUUCUCAAAGUUCCAGAUUUUUCUCUUCUGUUACCAGGCGAAAUUCUACUUUAAAAAUACUGAUGUACCCAAGAUUGAGAAGUCAAAAUUUGGAAAUACUUCAAGUAUAUCUGUGUAUGGCCAAGCUGGGGGAAGUAAGAUUUCCACUUUAAAGCUUGGGGUCUGUACUGUAACACCUAAGGUUCUGUUAGAUCUCAAGGUCAAGAUCU